GCCUGAAGAUGAUCAACAUUCAAAACCAACAGUCCUGUUCAAAUAAUCAAAAUAAUCCUUUAUCAACCCAUUGUUUUGGCUGAGUUCCUGAUUUCUGUCCUUGACCCUCAGCAAAAAUUCCUUCCUUUUUUAUUUUUUCUUGCCUUUUUUCUUGCCUCUUUCCUGUCUAGGUCUAAUCUCCUUUGGAAAUGACAAAACUGUUAGGACAUCAGGAGCUGGAAGUGUUUUGAGCCUGUUCAAACAUGGAGCACUGGGACUCACUGGGAUUUUUGAUAGUCACACUCAACUAUAAUGUGACUAUUGUAGGGAAGCUCUGGCUGAUGUUGAUGAUCCUGCUGCGCAUGGCAGUGGUGGUGUUAGGAGGCUACCCCCUGUACCAGGAUGAGCAGGAGCGCUUUGUGUGCAACACCCUGCAGCCAGGAUGCUCCAACGUUUGCUAUGACUUGUUCUCUCCCGUGUCUCACUUUAGGUUCUGGCUCAUUCAGACUGUGUCUAUCCUGCUGCCCUAUGCUGCGUUCAGCAUUUAUGUUUUGCACAAGGUGGCUGUGCACAUUGUCAGAAUGCACUGUCUGGUGCAUGAGUGCAAGAGGAACAAGGGUUUAUCAAGCCCCAAAAAUGUGAAGGAGCUCUGUAGAAGUGCAGUUGUCAAUAGAGUAGAUUGUGGUGCAGACAACCUAAGUGUCCUUAAUUUUUCAGGGGCAUAUACCAUUCAUCUUUUUGUUAGGACCCUACUUGAGGUUGCCUUUGCAGCUGUGCAAUAUUUUCUUUUUGGAUUUUUUGUUCCUGACCGCUUUUCGUGCCACCACUCACCUUGCACGAGCGCUGUUGACUGCUACAUCUCCAGGCCCACUGAGAAAUCCAUCAUGAUGAUUUUCAUCUGGGGGGUGAGCAGUCUGUCCUUCCUGCUCAGCCUUGCUGAUCUCGUCUGCGCUCUCCGGAGAACAACAGCAAGGAACCAAAAGAACAAGCAGCUGGCAAACCUCUGCACAGACAAGGAGUGCAGGAUACAUCUUCCCCCAGCCCAGCACAGUAGCUCCUCUCCACCUCAAAAUGAGGAUGGCCCAGCAGCAAACAGCUGUCAGAUCAGUGAUGGCUGCUGCUCACCUCUCCCUGAGGAGGAAGAAGAGGCUGUUCUUCAUCCUGGAGGUGUCCCCCAGCAAAGUGCCAGCACUAACCUCAGCAGCAAUAAUUUCUGUGUGCCAGGAGACCUUGGUGCUAAGCAGCAGAGCACUGAAGAGCCCUUGUGUGCCAGUGACCCCCAAGGAACUCCCUGCAGCCAAGUGAGACCCAGACUUCAGCAAGACUUCAUUAAAGAUACUGCCCUGGCUUUGAGGCCUCAGAUGGAGUCUCCCCUUGGAGUUUCUUCCUCUCUUGUUCAGAGCAAGCUUUUAGGGUUCUACCCUUCAGCUGAGCUAAAAAGCCCUGAUGAACAAUCAAAUUAUAGCAGCUCUAGCUGCCUGAGGUCAAAAAAGUCUGAAUGGGUAUAGAAGCCAGAGGGAACACUGUGCUGUGACCUUGGCAGGGCAAAUCAUUGCAUCACUGAAGAGGCUUCAGGGAGUUUCAGCUGAAUCCCUUGGCUGUGGUCAUGCUGCAGAGACAUUCUACUCCAAUAGAGAAGAAGAGAAAACUUUGGAUAAGAGUUUGAAGAGUAUUAAAUUAAGGGACAUGUUCUUUAGAAAAUGUGUGUGACAUCUUUAUGGGUUUUUUGCAUGUAGAUGGUUUAAAGAGGCUGUGGACUGUUGCUGAUGUGACUGACCUGGUUUUCCAGGAGCAUGUGUGAAACCUAGUUUUAUUGCAAAGAUAGGCUGUCUACUCUCAGAAGUCUAAUUUAUCUCCUCAUACUAAAUUCUCAAAGACCACUCUAAGACAGGAUAUUCAAGAAGAAGACUAGACAGUGAAUAAAAUAAAAACACUUGUUUUGUAGCAAAGUGUUAGUUUAAAACCCCUGGAUCCUAUUGCUUCGAGGCAAUACCCUCUCCCAGCUAGCAGUGCCAGGGCAGUUCCUUUCUCUGACACUGAUGCCAGCUGCAGCCUGACCACACCUGAGAUAUUCAACUAUAGCACCUUCCAGUACCUAGAGGGGCCUGAAUGAAAGCCAGAGAGGGACUUUCUACAAGGGCAUGUAGUGAUAGGACAAGGAGAAAUUGCUUCAAACUGAAGUAGGGUAGGUUUAGAUUAGAGACAAAGAAAAAUUUUUUUACUUGGUGGUGGCAAAGCAGUGGAAGAGUUUGCCCAGAGAAGCUGUGGAUGUCCCGGAUGUCCCACACCUGGAGGUGUUCAAGGUCAGGCUGGAUGCAGCUUUGAGCACUCUGGUUUCAUGGAAAGUGUCAUUGCCUAUGGCAGGGGUGGUGGAACCAUAUGAUCUUUAAUGUCCCUUCCAACCCAAACCAUUCUAUGAACUACAACAACCUCCAAAACAGAGUGGCUGCAUCCACAUCAGCUGCUGGGCAUGGUCCUGUGCUUGGGAAUUUCUCAGGAGACAGCAAGGAGGUGUGAGCCAGAAGGGUGUCAGGGAGUGCUCCAGCAGCUUGACAGGGACUGAGCAGCGAUGCUCGUGCUGCACUGACACCUCUACAGGGUGUUACUUCUCAGCCUUAAAUAGGCACACAGGGCUCUCAGUUUCAGGAGGUGGGAAUGAGUCACCUGCCCUGCUUUAGGGGUCUCUGGUAAGAUGAGUCACUUUCUAGACACACCUAUUUCUCCCACAAUAUGAUUAUCUCAGACCUGGGUUUAGGGAAAAUGGUUUCUGCCCUGAAAGAAGGAUAUAGUGGCAAUGUCUAUAUCAAAGUGCUCACCCUCUUUGUCUGACAGACUCAUAAUGCUAAUAAUUUGAAAACAUGUCUAAAUUGAGUGAAUCACAGAAGAUUUUAUUGCAAUUACACUUUGUGCCUUCCUUCAGUGUUAAUUCUGUCACAUUUGCAUAAGCGUGGUCCAGCACCAGAGCACAGCAGUGCGUGAGAUGAAUUUUCUUUUAGCUACAAGUCAGUGGGGUUUGAAGGUUGCAUAUACCUGCAGAUCACCAGUGGGAGUGGAUGUGGAGGAGCAUGUACCCAGAGAAAUGUGCUGGUGGUAGUGUCUUAUAAAACAAAUUAUUCUGAGGGUGUCAAGUGUCAAAAACUGGUGUUUGUAGAUCCUGCUUGGUGCUUUGGUGCAGUUUAGAGCAGGCACAGAUCCAGCCUUGCUCCUGGGCUGCCAAAUAACAAGUUUCUGUAAUAACUCAAGGGCUGGCUCCCAUGUGCAGGGCAUGAAGAGACAACACCUUUCACAGUCUACCUUCUCUCUCUUAUGGGUGCAGAAGUCUUCAAGACAGGCUUGUCUCACCUGUGUAUUAUUUCUCACAUGUAUAAGGUAAAGACUAGCAAUUAUCCCUUCUCUUCUGCAUUCCCCCAGAAUUAGGUGGCUUAAUAGGUAGACAGAACUCCUCUUUGGGUCAGGAACAGAGUACUUUGGGAUCCUGAGGUAGGCUAUGGGCAUUUUUAAUUACUAUCUUCUAAGUAAGGUUUUCCUCUCCAUUACCUCUGUUUGUUCCUGUUAUUGUGCAUGCUUGUUGUGUGAUUUGUCAUUUCCAGGGUAGAAGCAGCAUUAAUUAUUAAACUUAUCAUAGGCAGAAAAACAUUAAAUAUUUAAACUUCUCGUCCUUCAAAGCCUCUUUAAUGGGGUCUGUGCUGAUUACACAUGCCAUGACAAAACAUUGCAACAAUGAAACCUUUUAUGAUUCAUUGCAUCCUCUCAGAUGUGAGAAGGAAUGCAAGGAGCAAACGUGGAUUCAGCCUAUUGCAUACACCCCGCAGCAUGAGAUAUAAAUAGGGUAGGAUAAAUAAUAAAUGCCUCGUGGCUGGACACAGUUUGGGUUUUUUCUCUCUGGUUAGACAUUUUUUAAUGACUGAAGAGUCUCGUUUGAAAUUGGAAAGAUCCUCUUUGUGUUUGAAAUGGAAAGUGAAAUUAGUGGAUGUCUUCAUUUGUCUGCAGAGACUGUGGCCUUUGGGUUGUGCUGCAUCUCUGCAAACCCGGCUGAUUUUGGGACUUGUGGCUCCAUUGAAACAUAAUUCAGAGUCAGUGUAACAAGCUCUUAAUGUGUUUAUAAAAAUUGCAUAUUAAAAGAAAAAUUUGGUAUGGAAUUUUCC